CUUUUCGGUAGCUGUUUUUGCCAACACGUGUUGGAAGUGUGGAAAGACGGAUAGAUUUAAUCACAUUUCUGAAUACUGCUGGCGUAAAUAACGAUGGGGAGGAAAAGGGACCCGACUAACUUGGUAAAAUCAGGGCCUGGCCGAAAGACAAAGAAGCAGAAGCCACCGCAGAUUCCAAAUGCUUUAAAAAAUGCUAACACAGAAGAUGAUGAUUCAGAAAAGAAGCUGUCAAGCAGACAGAAAACGCGAGUAAAGAAACGAAUACAGAAAAAAGAAGAAAAGAUGGAAAUAAAGAAAAAGAAGAAAGAAGAAAAAUUGCAACAGAAAACGAAAAAAGAAAGCCAGAAGCCUGGAAAGUUUGCGAGGGCUCCUGUCGUCAGCAAGAAAAGGAAGGUGGAAGAAAGUGAGGAAGAAAGUGAUGAUGAUGAGGAGGAUGAAGACAGCGAUGAGGAGGAAACAAAACCUGUCAAAGGGUACUCGGAUGAAAACAAGGCAUGGUUAAAACCGUCAUCUAAGCAACCAUUGAUGGAUUCUGAUGAGUCAGAUGAUGGAGAAAGUGAUGGGGUGGCUGGAGAUGACUUUGAUGAUGUGGGAUUAUCAGAUGAUGAGGAGGAGGAUGAAGAUGACAGUGAGGAAAGUGGGGAUGAAGAUUUAUUACCUGUAGAAAAGGAAGCAAAGAAGCUGGAAAAGAAGAGAGAGAAAAACAAAAAAUUAGCAGAAGCUGAACUCCAGACCAACAUCAUGGACAUGGAGAAGUACACGUUACCCAGUGGCCAGGAGGUGGAAAAGGAAGCUGCCCAGCCACCAGAUAUAACAAUGGUACAACAGAGGAUCAAGGAAGUGAUGCAUGUUCUGGCAGACUUCAAAGAACGACGCGAGCCUGGAAGGAGUCGCCAGGACUAUGUCCGUCAGCUGAGGUCUGACUUCUGUACAUACUACAGCUAUAACGACUUUCUCAUGGAAAAAAUUAUGAGUCUGUUUCCCCUAGAGAUUCAAGAGUUUCUCGAGGCAAAUGAAGUUCCUCGGCCAGUGACAAUCAGAACCAAUACACUAAAGACUCGCAGGCGAGAUCUCGCACAGGCUCUGAUCAACAGGGGAGUUAACCUUGAUCCCAUUGGUAAAUGGUCGAAGGUUGGAUUGAUUGUAUUCGACACACAAGUACCACUAGGAGCAACACCAGAGUACUUGGCUGGACACUACAUCCUUCAGGGGGGAUCCAGUUUCCUACCUGUCAUGGCUCUUGCCCCACAGGAGAAUGAGAGGAUACUGGACAUGGCCUCAGCUCCAGGGGGAAAGACCACCUACAUUGCUGCCCUAAUGAAGAAUACUGGGACAAUAUUUGCCAAUGAUGCCAAUGCAGACCGGGCGAAGGCCAUCGUGGGAAACACUCACAGAAUGGGAAUCACCAACACUAUUGUGUGUCAUCACGAUGGACGGGUGUUCCCUAAGAUUAUGAAGGGGUUUGACAGGGUUCUACUGGACGCACCCUGCAGUGGAACAGGGGUCAUUUCCAAGGAUGAGGAGGUCAAGAUGAACAAGGAUGAGAGGGAUAUCCUGCGCUGUGCACAUCUACAGAAGGAACUGUUGCUGUCCGCCAUUGACUGCUGUGAUGCAAAAUCAAAGACAGGAGGAUACAUUGUUUACUCUACAUGUUCUGUAUUGUCAGAAGAGAACGAGGGGGUGAUUGAAUAUGCAUUGAAAAAACGAAAUGUAAAGUUAGUCCCGACGGGCCUCGACUUCGGCAGAGAAGGAUUUGUAAAUUUCCAGCAGAACAGAUACCAUCCCCAUAUGAAGCUGACAAGGAGAUUCUACCCACACACGCACAACAUGGACGGAUUCUUUGUGGCAAAACUUAAGAAAUUUUCAAACAAAAUUCCCGGUACAGGUAAUACUUCAGCUGACGGUGAAGCCGAGGAUGAAAGUUCAGAGGUCACUGAUAAAAAAAGUUCAGAGAAGAAUACAAAACAAACAAAAAAUGUGAAAAACUCUACAGACAGUGACAGUGAUGAUGAGGAAGAGAAGGGGAAAUCAAGUAAAAAGGACAAAUCGAAAAAUAAGUGGUUAGAGAAAAAGUCAAACAAGAAGAAGUUUAAACCUGGACAAUUCAAGAAAUUCAAAUCUGCUGAAAAGUCAAAGAAGUGAAAUAACAAUAUUAGUGCAAUGGAAUAUGUAAUGCUUGGAAAUGGAUUCGAUGAAAAAAUGGUGUGAAAUUUCAUGUUGUAUCUCUCUGUUUCACAGAAAUGUUUAUUACGCCCGUGACAUAGAACUAGAUCAGAAAUUAUGAAAUGUUUAUUACGCCUGUGACAUAGAACGAGAUCAGAAAUUAUGAAAUGUUUAUUACACCUGUGACAUAGAACUAGAUCAGAAAGUAUGAAAUGUUUAUUACGCCUGUGACAUAGAACUAGAUCAGAAAUUAUGAAAUGUUUCAUUUACAUUAUAAUCAACAUAAGCAUGCAAACUGAAGUCUAAAUUAUGAAUUUUAGACCAUUAUUAUUAAUAUUCAUUUGAAAUUCAUUGUUGAAAUAUUAAAAAAAAUUCGGGAAAAUCUGUGUUCAUGUCAAAUUCUGUAUUUUUAG